AUGGCAGAGUGCAAUGUCGGGAGCGUUCUGGUGACUGGAUCCAAUCGAGGAAUCGGCCUGGGACUCGUGAAGCGAUUUCUAGAGCUACCAAAUCCACCAGAAUGGAUCUUUGCCACCACCAGGGAGCCGGAUGGAUCCCAAAGCAAGGAGGUAAUAGAGCUGGCAUUGAAGCAUCCAAACCUGGUGGUGCUGCAGCUGGAUGUGUCAGAUCCAAACAGCAUAAAGGCAGCUGCACAGAGAGUGGAAGACCAUGUGCUGGGACAUGGACUGAAUCUCCUGAUAAACAACGCUGGCAUCGCAUGGAUGACCACCAUGGAGAAUGAGAACGCUGAGACCAUGGCAAUUGUAUCCCUAACUAACACAGUUGGGCCUCUGCUGGUGAGCCAGGAGUUCCUGCCGUUGCUGAAGAAGGCUGCCCAGCAGAGUACCCAGACAGGGCUGAGCUGCAGGAAGGCCGCCAUUGUCAACAUGUCCAGCACGGCUGCUUCCAUAGCACUUGUUACAUCAUGGGAACUGCUGCCAGACCCCAGCUACCGCUGCAGCAAGGCUGCUCUGAACAUGAUCACCAGGUGCCAGUCCUUGGAGUACAAAGACUAUGGGAUUCUGUGCACUUCUAUCCACCCUGGCUGGGUGAAAACCAGAAUGGGAACAGAAAAGAUAGGGGUCAUAACACAUUUACAAUCCCUUGGUUAG